UUAUUAUCCAAUGAUUGAAAGGACCCAUAUUUCGGUCCGAUGAGAGGACGCAAGACGCUCCCGUCGUACAGCUGUUACUAAAAUUUUGAAACCGCCUAUUCUUUCAUAAUUCAAAAUAAUUCGCCUUCCGCUUCCACACAGUCUCUCUCUUUCUACAGAUUAAAGUUACAUUUUCUCUCUCUAUCCCAUCAUCUUUCGUUCGACUUCGGCUGCAUUCAACUUUCUCUCUAUAUUUCUUAGAUUGACUUGGAUUCGAUCUAUUCAAUGGAUGAGAGUGAGAAGGCUAAUCUUGAAAUGCAAGGGCUCAAUCUUGUCGAUGCCCUGUCUGAGAAAGAUUCUCUCAUCUUUGCUUCGUCUUCUUCUGGGGGCUUCAUCGACAACCAAUCUUUAGAAAAACACAAUGAGCAUAGAAGUUUUGAGUUUUUGGAGGCUGUCGAAGCAGAGGACACAUUGGGCAGUCUUGGGCAGAUGGGACAGCUACCACAACUAUCUGAAUCAUUGGAAUCAGAGAGAAAAAAAUUUGGCAAGUGCAAUUUGCGUAAAAGUUUAGCAUGGGAUAGUGCCUUCUUCACCAGUGCGGGUGUUCUAGACCCUGAUGAGUUGUCCAACAUUAUUGAAGGAGUUGAGAAGAGUGGAAAAAAAUUAUUACCUGGAAUCAAAGAGGACAUACGCGGAUCUACUGACUCCAUCUCUACCUUAGAGAGCGAGAGUUUGACAUUGGAAAAUCUUGACGUUGAUUUGUUCGAAGACAUUAGAGCUUCAAUCCAGAAAUCCAGCAAAGCAUUCAAUGUGGCAAAUUCAAGAAUCAAAUCUGUAUCAGGAGGGUUGGAAACUCAAUCUCUCUGUUCUUCAAAGAAAGUGGACUUUAAUUCUCAAAGUAAGAAGAAGGCAAAAUCUGCUUCGAAGACGCAACCUGUUGUUAUGCAAGGAUCCGGGCGAAUAAUAAAACAAGGUUCUGGUUGCCAGCCAGUCAAGCAGAUUAAGCCUGUUGCCAAAAAUGGAGACUCAACUUCAUCACUUCCUAAGCUACCCAAGGUAAUUGGCAGGGCUGAUCCCAUCUCAAUAGCACCAACCAAAAGGGCAUCUUUGGGUGCCAAACGUGUCCAAAUGGAAAGAGAUAAAAGUACCACUGUAGCCAGUAAAGGUCUGGCAUCAAAGGCACCUGGUUUGGGUGGUUACAGGGCUGUGCCUAAACCUUCUCCAUCUUCCAAAACAUCUUCUUUGGGUUCUUCAACUGCAACCAAGACGGAAUCAACACUAUCUUCUUCCUCAUGUGACAGUUCUGUCAGCACCUUAUCUAACAACUUUGGAAAAUCUCCUUCGAAUUCUGCAAGAAGAAAGAUUGAUUCCAGAAAUGCAAAUACUUCUUCCACUGGUUCAAUCCUCAAAACUCCCGCAAAGAUUGCAUCGAAGAAUAAGGCACCAUCUGGGAAGUCCCAUAUGUCGACUCAUUUGAUGUCGUCCAAGCUCUCUUCUAGUGCAUCACCUGCUAGUUCUAUUAGUGAUUGCUCCUUGGAAUCAUUGUCAUCAACUUCUACUGUCAAUCAAAGGUCCGGUAAGUUGAGAGUUAGCCUUGAGAGUAAUUCUUCUUGCAGAUCUGUGGACAGUGAUGCUACUCCUGCUAUGGUUCUUCAGAAACAUUCCAAUGGUCAAAUUUUAGAUGGACAUGAAAAUCAGGCAACGGGAUUACAUAAUCAAAAUACAAAGAGAACUUCAACACAAAUUGGUACACAUUCUCGCCCAGCCUUUACAAAACCCUCCGGUCUUCGAAUGCCUUCGCCAAAGAUUGGGUUUUUUGAUGGGGUGAAAUCACUGGUUCGUACUCCCAAUGGAGGUGUGCGAACUCAUUCUGGUUUACCAACUGGUUUGCCUAAAGUUGGAUCUGGGAUAUGUAGCCCUGGUAGGGGAUCAAACAAGCCAAAAAUUGAAAAGCUUCAGCCUGCAACAACAGUACCAGCGAUUGGAAAUAUGAACUUUGAUAUUCGGAAAUCUGCUUCUCCUUUACCAUUCCAAGAUCCAACAACUGUUUCAACCAAGGUCUCUGGUGCCUCAAGGGGUGUAAAAAGUUGUUCUAGGAUCUCUAUGGAAGCCCCGAAUAAAAAGUGUGGACAAAGUUGCUUGAAUGCCGAGGAAGUAGGAGCUGAAGGAAGUGAUGCAGCUAAACAUGUUCCAGAUCUUGGUGUGAUUGAAGGGAACAAUGAAAGUGCAGGUGCCUUGAAGAAGAAUUGGAGCUUAGAAAUGCAAGAAAAUGCUGACUUAAAGGAUAUCAAGGUAACCCCUAAAUCUCGUAUCAAAGGGGAUACAUGUGAUUCAAAUGCCACUUGCAAGAUUGAAAAUAUUAACUCAUCUGAGAAAGUUGGGGAUGAUGCAUAUUAUGGCCAAUAUUAUCUCAAGAAUAAUUUGCAUACGUUUGUUAAGAAUGAUGAGGAGAAAGUUCAUUUUGAAGAUCAAGUUGAUGGUUUGAGCAAACAUAUGGAAGCUGUAGAUCAAAAAUCGGAGAUUCAGCAAGAGCACAUUGGUAAUUCUAUUUCUUGGGUUGGUGUCAGUUCUCCUGGUGCUCUAGACUUACCAUGUUUCAGGGAACUGACUUGUUUGUCAAACCCCACCCCGCUUUCUAUCUCCUCAACCACAAUAGAAGUUACAGAAAGCACAAGGACCCCCUUUUCUGUCAAGAACUCAUCAUGCAAUGGUGAAGGGCUUGAUUUUUUAACCGGAUCGAGCAUUGAGGUGGUAGAGAAGACAGCUCUGUUGCCUUCGGAGAGUGCUCAGAAAGAGAACAGUAUAUAAUAAAAAGUUUAUGCUGUCAUUUUUCUCUCUCUUUCUUGAAGGGAGUAUUAUUCCAAAUCCAAUGAUGAAACUGUUUCAGGGUAAAGCUUUUUUGACCGAUAGAAGCAAAGUAUAUGAUAUAGAUUGGGGCGCUGGAUCUGAACUAGAGGCUUUUCAUUGGAUUUACCCGUGUUUACUGUGCAAGUUAAUUAAACUCACAUCUGAAGCAGCACUAGAAGGGAAAAAAAAUAUGCAUAUCCAAAGGAAGAUGUAAUUUGAGCUGUGAAUGUCUGGUCUAAAUGUGUUUCAUGUUAAUUUUAUUUGAUACUUCUAUUCAAUGUCUUGACAUUGCACAGGGAUAUAAUGGUAUCUGAGUACAUAUCAAUAUGAUAAGUUUCUUCUGUUUUGCAUAUUACUUGUGCAUAACAAUUCACUGCU